AUGAUCUCCGCUAGCCUAAUAGUCACAAUUUGGUUCGGCCUUGCCACUGGACGCUCUUUCUGGUCAUCUACACCGGCUGGCUAUGGCUCCCAACUAGCUGAUGAUUAUGUUCUCAAAACCGCAUAUCCCCUAGGAAAUGGCAGGCUCGGAGCGAUGCCCUUUGGGCCUCCGUCAUCGGAGAAGUUGCUCCUCAAUGUCGAUUCGUUAUGGUCUGAAGGCCCAUUUGAGAUAGCAAAUUACAGUGGCGGAAAUCCACCGGAUUACGCCCCCAAGUACCCGGCUCUGUCUGAUAUUCGCGUCAACAUCUUUAAGGCAGGCACGGGAGACGUUGAUGGGUUGCUGGGCAGCAACAGUUACCUUGGGCCCUACCACGUGCUAGGCAACCUGACAAUGGCCUUUGACGGGUUUUCCAACUACUCCGACUACAAGAGAGUGUUGGAUCUAACCACCGGCACCCAUAGAACAGAGUUUACUUCCGACUCUAGCUCUAGGAGAGCCUAUGUGGACGUGACAACCUACUGCUCCUACCCGGACCAAAUUUGCAUUUGGUCUGUAUGGAGCAACGUUACAAUCCCACGAUUCAGUGUGGGCUUCGAGAAUCAUCUCGUCUCCAACGGGUUGACCGAAGUUGAGUGCGGUGAGGAUAACCAUGUGCGACUCAUAGGCUUGACACAGAAAGGCCCUCCUGAAGGCAUGAAGUCCGAAGCUGUUGCUCGAUUGAGCAAAGACUCAACCGCUACCCUACCUACCUCUGGCGCCUGGAUGGCUCAACAUGUUUGGGACUAUUUUGAUUAUACCCAGGACUUGAGCUGGCUAAAGGAAGUUGGCUAUCCCUUGCUCAAAGGUGGCGGAGAAUUCUGGCUUCCCCAAUUGCAGGAAGAUCGAUUCAGCAGAGACGGAUCUCUAGUUGUGAAUCCAUGCAACAGCCCAGAGCAUGGUCCGACAACUUUUGGUUGCGCCCAUGACCAACAGGAGUUUCACCAAGUCUUUGACAAUAUUCUAUCUAGCUCGGUCCUUGUCGGGGAUGAAGACAGCUAUUUUCUCAAGUCAGUCGCCUAUGCGCUCUUAAGAUUGGACAGGGGGCUGCAUUUCACGGAGUGGGGAGGCGUCAAGGAAUGGAAGAUUCCUGAUUCAUACGGCUACGACGUCAAGAAUACACAUCGGCACCUGUCACACUUGACUGGAUGGUACCGGUACCCUGGCUAUUCCGUAUCGUCAUAUCAAGGAGAUUAUUCCACAAACACGACUAUCCAAGCUGCCCUUGAGGAGACUCUCAUUGCUAGAGGCAAUGGCACAUCGGAGGAGGCAGAUCCUGGGUGGGGCAAGGUCUGGCGCUCCGCACCGUGGGCAAGGCUCAACAACACGGAUCAAGCUUACAUCCACCUGAAGUAUGCUGUCGAGACGAACACGGCGGUGAAUGGCCUCAGCAUGCACGACAAGAAGCAGCCUCCCUUCCAAAUCGAUGCUAAUCAAGGCUACGGGGGGGCUGUGCCUAGUAUGCUCUCUGUUGACCUACCAUUGCCACACGACGCCGGCGAUGACACCGUGAGGACGGUUGUCUUGGGGCCGGCUAUCCCUAAGGCUUGGGCUGAGGGCAGUGUGGACGGUUUACGGGUUCGCGGAGGAGGGUUAGUUCACUUUGAAUGGGACGACGAAGGCAUUGUGGCAAGGGCCACUUUGGAGGGUUCCAGGACGAAAGUCAGGUUGGUGAAUAAGAAUGGACAUGCUUUAGUCGACUAA